AUGAAUGAGGAUAAUGUGGACGAUGUCAUUGCGUAUGACGAAAAAUAUUUACAAUUAGACGUUGUUGACGAAUAUGAUAUUCACGAUAUCGACAAAGAGGAGAUUGAUGGACAUAAAAUAGAUGAACCAAGCUUCGCAAACGUGGUUUCGGAAGAAGCAAUGCUGAAUGAAUUUGAUUCCAACAUUAAAACCGAUAUGCACCAGAUUUAUGGAUCUGUGUGGAAGGAACGUACGUCAGUUACAUCGCAAGACAAUAGGAAUAAAUCGAGUGCUACACACGUACGUACGAAAAGGAAGAAAAAUAUGAAAGAUGAAGAAAGCGCCCCAAAAGCCUAUGAGGCAAAUUUAAAUCCGUACGAAACAUUUAUAUUGAGGUUCAACAAACUGUACAUGGCAACUGUCCAUUUGUGGAGUAAUAUAUUACUCGGAGAUCUGCAUCGAUACCGUACAACUGAUAAUGUUGCCGUACCUGGAUCGUUAAGACAAGAGAUCGCCAAAGUUCAACGUACAACGGGGACGUCAGAAAAACGUAUGCCUAUCGUGAAAAAUGUCGAGCUGAACAAAAAGACAUUGAAGAGAUUAGAUUUAGUUGUUGACCUCCUCUGCGAUGAUACAAUCGCGAUUCAAAAGCAAGUUGGGCUUCAGAUGGCUGGUGCAACUAAGUCACAACGUUUGAAAGAAUUGACUGAACGAUGGUCAAAGAGAAAAACAGGUCAUUAUCAACAGUACACAAAAUCAAUCGAUCAUCUGAUAAAAAUGAAAAUGCCAGAAGUGAUGUUUUAUUGUGAUAUGAAGGCAGUGAUUGUAUGGGAAAACAAGGAUAAAACACAUGGACUAGAGAAUUCUGUGUUCAAAGUACUGCAAAAAAGUAUGUUAAAUAUAGAUCCAACUGUCACGCUACCCGAUCAUCUCGAUGAUUUAUACAGAUGGAAUUCGUUUUAUGUGAAAUACACAAAAAGAGAUGGGGAAACAUAUAAUCGGCAGACAUAA